UCUUUAGCGCGCAGGCAGGCCGCGGGCAGCUAAGCGGAGGCGGCGGGAAGGCCGCGUCGCGGCGGAAGGGGAUCGGUUUGGCACCGCGUCGCGCGGCGCUGCCCGCAGGCUCGACCCGGAAUGUCCGGGAGUGCGGCGGGGCGACAGCUGGCGCCGGCGGAGGCUACAGAUUGGUUGGCCCAUUCGUUUGAUGAUUUCUUAGGAAGCGCAGAUAUUUCUUCCAGUGUGAUUCCUGAAAAGUCACACAAAGACAACUCUGGGAGAAAUCAUCAGUGGAAGAAAGACUUGUCUGCUGUGCCGGGAUGCAGCAAAAACAAAGUCUUGUCAAGAAAAAGAGCAAAGUUUUCCUCAGUAGAUCUGCCUCGUAAUAAGUCCAGACUAAGGAACCAGUCUCAAGACGAGCCAUGGGUAGAUAAAUACAAACCUGAAACUCAGAAUGACCUUGCUGUCCAAAAGAAGAAAAUUGAAGAAGUUGAAACAUGGUUAAAAAUGCAUAUAUUUCGGAGACAGCCAAAGCAGGGUGGCUGUGUUUUGCUGUUAACUGGUCCUGCUGGCUGUGGAAAGACAGCAACUGUACAAAUAUUAGCAAGAGAUCUUGGUGUUCAAGUGCAAGAAUGGACCAAUCCAAUAUCUUUAGACUUCACAAAAGAAGACUUAAGAAAUAUAUCUGGCCACAACUCAAAUUCUCAUGCGUUUCCAAGUCAGACCCAAGCAGCUCUUUUUCAGGAUUUUCUAUUAAGAGCAAAUAAAUAUAACAAACUUCAGAUGCUUGGGGAGUCCUCAGAAAAUGAUAAAAAGCUUAUUCUUGUUGAAGACAUGCCAAACCAAUUCUAUCGAGACCCUAGCAGUCUACAUGAAAUUCUCAGGAGAUUUGUACGUACAAGUAGAUGUCCUCUUAUAUUUAUAAUAUCAGAUAACUUCAGUGGAGACAGCAACCAGAGGUUACUAUUCCCCAAAGAAAUUCUAGAGGAGUUGUGUAUAUCAAUUAUUAGUUUCAAGCCUGUUGCACCAACAAACAUGAUGAAAGUUCUUAAUCGAAUAGCUACAGUUGAAGCUAACAUGAACAGGGAGAAGAACUAUGCUCCUGAUAGAACUUCGCUGGAGUUGCUUUGCAGAGGCUGUUCAGGUGAUAUAAGAAGCGCAAUAAACAGCCUCCAGUUUUUUUCCAUGAAAGACUGCUCAUUGGAGAAAGACUUCUGGUCAAGGAAGAAAUGGAGUUCCACGCUAAAAAGUAAAACAACAGCAGCAGUGUGUAACUUGAGGAAGAAAAAUAAAUCCGAUAUUUUAGAAGACCAGGCAAUACAAGCUAUUGGUGGCAAAGAUGCUUCCAUCUUUCUUUUUCAUGCUCUAGGGAAAAUAAUUUACUGCAAAAGGGAACCGGUGUCAGAAUCCGAAUUUCCUCAGCUGCCUUCUCACUUACUAGAACACCGUCGAGACACGUUGCUUAUCCAUCCUGAGGAUAUUGUGGAAAAAUCGCAUAUGUCUGGAAGCAUGUUUAAUUUAUACCUUCACCAGAACUAUGUAGAAUUUUUUACUGACAUAGAUGAUAUUGUGAGAGCCAGUGAGUACCUGAGUACUGCUGAUGUCCUUUGUGCUAAUUGGAAUUCACGGCUUGUGAUGGAAGAAUACAGUACAUCUGUGUCUACUCGAGGUGUGAUACAUUCAAAUACAUCCAGAGCCUUUGCCCACUGCCAAGGAGGGAUGGGGUUCCGGCCCUUACAUAAACCUCAGUGGUUCUUUAUCAAUAGCAAGUAUCAAGAAAACUGUGCUGCUGCAAAAUCUCUCUUUUCAAGCUUCUGUGUAUCACCAGAGUGUCUUCAGACAGAGUUACUGCCUUACCUUGCAAAGUUGGCAAAUCCAAUGAGAAAUGAAGCUCAGAUUGCUUUUAUCCAAGAUGUUGGGAGGCUGCCAUUGAAACGACAUUUUGGGAGGUUAAAGCUUGAAAUGCUUACUGAUAAAGAUCCUGGAGUUCCGGACUUACUUGUUGGUUAUGAGGAGGACCCUCCUGAAGUGGCUGUAGGGAUGGAGGAAAAAAGAACAAAUGAGAACAAUUGGGAUGGGUUGCCCCUUUCAUCCAGCCAGUGCAGUGGAAGUGAACUACCUUGCAGUCAGCCUCAGCCUGUUUCUGCUCAAGUAGCUAUGGAGGAUGAUGAAUUAAAUAUAGAGGAAUAUGACAGUGACUAAGUCCAACAAAAUAUCAGCAACUGACUUAGCUGAUAGAUUAUUAUGCACCAAAGGCCUUUGCUAAAAUGAGUAUGGUCUGCUGAACAGAGUUUAGGUGGGCUGGGAGGCCCGGUCUAAACAUACACGUCAGUAUAAAGACACUUUUCUUUAUCUUUCUCAUAGCUUUGCAGGAUCAGACCUGAUUAGAAUACUAAAUCACAGGCUAUUCCCUGCCUGUCCUGAGCCAUAAAAGUAUACAAAGUAGACAAAGAAAGUACAAUAAAUGAUAAAUUUAAAUAGUUUGAGACUGUAGUUAAUCAGUGCCAUUCUUAAGUUAUUAUUUUUUUUUUUUUACACAUCUUAAUUUACUUUGGAGUUGUACAAUGUACUCCUAUUUACACAUUUAGUAAGUUAUCAGCAUUUGAAGAUUCUUCUAAAGUGUGUAUCUUCAGAAAAAUUGCUGUUUGGAAGUUUGAACCUUCUGAAAGAGGAGAUUUAAGGGGAUAUGUAAAAACUUUGAUAUCUUGUAUUGAUGAUGUAAAUAAAACUACUGUAUGAGUGCUGUUCUGUAAUCUGCUAGAGAUAUUUUAACGUGUUUAUAAAUAGAACGUAUGCUGUACAACAAUCUUGGAUUUGUUUUUGAAAUUUUUUGAUAAUUUAUUGAGGUGAAAAUACAACAGUUAAGCAGAAGUCCUUGUCCUAUUUUUAUUUGGUAGGAAGUUAGUGGUGUCAUGUAGUUUUCCUCUCUAAAUUCAUCAGGCUGGAGCAAAGAAUAAUCUCACGUUUGGCUACUGACACUCAAAGUGUUUUGUUUUUAUCAGAAUAGACUGUUAAAUACUUCUUGUUGUUUGGGUCCCUGUGUGAAAUCAUAAAUUUCUUACUGUAACUGGGAUUAUUUCAUAAAAAUCACAUCUCACAUCAUUGUAAUUAGCGUUGCUGCAUAAAUAAGAAAACAAAGAUCAAAACAA